AUGUCGGAGAGCCACGCCUCUGCACCAGACCAGCUGCAUGAAGCACAGAGAAGCGCAGAGGCCACUGCCACGGGCACGGAGACGCGCGACCCAGAUGCAGCGACGCCUCCCACCCCGCCAGGAGCGCCGCCAUCAACGCCGUCCGUGAAGCCGAUGUGGGUGCCGCAGAACGUUCCGCCGUUCCAGAUGCCGACAGCCGAGCAGUACGCCCAGAUUGAGUCCAUGAACAACUGCGGCGUGCGCGCCGUCAUGUCGGGCGUGGGCGGCGCAGUGCUUGGCCUAGGGUUUGGCGUCUUCUUCGGAACGAUGGAGACCUCCGGAGGCGGAGGCGUGUACGCGCCGAUGGUGAUGGACGAGAAGAAGACGACGCGGCAGGUGUUCAAGGAGAUGUACUCGAGCGUGAAGACCAAGUCGGUAUCGUACGCCAAGGGGUUUGGCACUGUGGGCCUGCUGUUCUCCGCGAGUGAGUGCGUGGUCGAGAAGGCGCGCGCCAAGCACGACUGGCGGAACAGCGCGUACGCCGGGUGCUUCUCCGGCGCGGCGCUCGCGUACAAGGGCGGCCCGUGGGCGAUGUGCACCGGCUGCGCGGGCUUCGCGGCGUUCUCUGUCGUGAUCGACAAGGUGAUGGGGAACCACUGA